AUGAAUACUUUUCUAGCCUUCCGUGCUUCAGUCAAAUAUCUCUGUUCAAAAAGCGCACUCACACCAGGCUCUCAGAGACGAACACUGCACGCUACAUUAUGUUCCGCAAAGAACCCUCAUAAUUCAGCAUUACCUUUACCAACAUCUGGAGCCCAAAACAAAGCCCAAAGCAAAACACAAAGCCGACCCGAGGAUGUUAAAGAACUGUCUUCGAAAACACCCGAAAAGCUGAAAAAUGAUAACAUUCCAUUUCAGAACGUGAAACUUGUUCACUCUGAGUCUGGAGCUCUAGUCGACACAACCAUGGCCGAAAUAAAGGCCAUGAUGAACAAGAAAACGCACUUUGCAGAGCUGCAGACCACCGUCCCGUUCCCCGUCGUCAAAAUAAUCAGCAAAGACGAAGCUCGGCAGGUGAAACUAAAGGCAAAGGAAAUACAGAAAAGUUUGGCGAAGAAGAGCGUUGUGAAGGAGUUUCAGCUUACGUGGGGCAUGGCGCAGGGUGACUUGGAGCGAAAGAUGGAGAGAGCUAGGGAGGUAUUGGUCAAGGGAGGGAAAGCAGAUCUGGUCUUUGCGCGCAAGGGCAGAGAAAGAAGUCCACCGCUUUCGGAAAUGAAAAAGCGAUUACAAGAGACAAUAGAAGGGCUUGCAGAUGUCAGUACGGAAUGGAAGACUAGGCAGUUUAGGUCGGGUAUUGCUGCCGCGUUCUUGCAAGGGAUCGAAGGCACUAAGCCCAACGAAACGGAAACGGAAUAA